AUGCCUCGCAAAACCUCCAACGCUAUCCCCACUCAGCCUCCGCAUACUGAUGUCAGCCCGACCUUGGCCUCUACUGGGAAUGCGCAGGGUACGGUCCCGCCCGUCACGAUUAUGAAUACUCGUGGACGCCGAGGCGCUUCGUUGGCCACCGUCCCCGUUGCCAGCUCUGUGACGACGGUUCAGGCACUGGGCACUGCCGACGAAACUAGCAUCCCAGCAACGCGCAGCGGUAGACGGGUCACGAUGACUGCCAAAAAGGCGGAUGCCGUUAACGACAAGCAGGAAAAGGCAAAUGCUGCAACUAAGAAGGCACAAGUCACGGCUUUGCGUGCACGUCAAGCCAAUGAAGAAGCUAGCAUUGAAUCUGAAGAAGAAUACGCCGACAAUACGAUUUCAAAGGUCAAUGCCGUCAACCAAUUCACGUUUACUCCAGCUGUUGGCAUCGAGGAACAACCGCGGCGCCCGAGGAUCAAUCACCGUGAUAACACAGGGAUAACCGAUGAGAAUGAGGAGCCAGGCUCUCCUCGUCAGCCCAAGCCUCCUAAGCGCACUCUGGUUCGUCGGGCUGGGCAUGUUCCACCCGGUGGGCGGAUUGCCCACAUUUGGGACGACUAUGACGAUGAGGCUGUCCCGAUGGCUGCUCGGAGCAAUGCCCGUGAACGCCCUGGCACCCCCCAUCCGUCCCGACAUCGCGAUGUGGAUGCGCUUCCUUACCAUGAGCAUGGGCAGCCUCUCACUCGCCAUGGCUCCGAAGAUGUCCCCGCACCUCGCUCGUCCCCCGCAUCCACUGCGAAGAUGCGCGCCCGUCCCGAAACGAUCGCCAUCGAGACAACACAUGUAGUGAAGAAGCAGAAGAUGACGAUGUCAGGCAGCGGUUCUCGUGGCCGCUUGACUGCCGGCGAUUUCUCUAUGCUUGAGCAGUCGCUCCUUGUUGUCGCUCAGCGCCAUUAUCGGAGCCUUAUAGCUACAGACUGGCCAUACCCGGACCUCACAGAGGCGACAACGUAUGCCAAGGAUGCCUGGGCGAAGGCUUGCUCAGGCAAGAAUGUGUCUGUGGCAUUGACAGACGGCCUCAGUACAUUGGUGCAUCUUACA